AUGGAUCUCCACAGUGGCGGCGAGCGGCCAACCAAGCGCCCCUCCACCGGCGGCAGCGACGAAGAUCGGCUCACCUCGCUUCCCGACGACCUCCUCCGCCUCAUCCUCCGCGGCCUCCCCUCCACCGCCGACGCCGCCCAGACCAGCCUGCUCUCCCGCCGCUGGGUCUGCCUCUGGGCCGGCAUCCCGGAGAUCUGGUUCCGCGGCCCCGUCGUUCCCGGCCGAGUCCACGCCGCCCUCGCCGCGUACGCCGCCCAUGCCGGCCCGCCAAUCCUCGCGCUCUCGAUCGUCACCGACGCGCCGGUGGACGAGGAGGCCGCGGGCAUCAUUGAGCUGCCCUGCUUGGAGAACGCGACCAAGAUCCAGAUGCGCCUGGGAUGUCUUGGCCUCGCGCCGCCGGACUCCGGAGUCUUCGCCAGGCUCGAAACGCUGCUUCUGAACAACGUCCGGUUCCACGGCGAGCGCGAGCUCAGCGAGGCAGUCUCGUCGGCGCGCUGCCCGUCCCUGCGACGGCUCACUGUCCGCGGCGCUCGGGGCCUGCGUAACCUGCUCAUCAGGUCCGAGUCCUUGGUGGCGCUCAUGCUGGCGCACCCGCGGGCUUCUAUUUCUCCGCCCACAGGGAAAGGGAGAAGCUCGCUGCCAGAAUCAGUGCCCCAAAGUUGGAGAAACUCAAGUGGGCAGGCCGAUUUCAGCCGAGCUUCAUCCAGAGGGCACGUCUCCAAGAACUCGACACCAACUUCAUUGUUUACGGACGUGAUGGUUUUAUCAGUCCGCAUCAUCUGA